UUUAGUGUUAGACAGUGCCGUUCUACAUGGCUGUCAGAGAGGAACAACUUCGAAAAAGGUGUUGAAAACAUCUGUCGAUUUUCUACCGAGUGUCCCAGGACACAAGUACAACACAAUGGAGCAAGAAUUCGAAGAUAUAGAUUCGACUGGGAGAUGGCGAAACCUUUAUAAUGAGAUCCGUAACGAAACCAGUGAAUACCCGUACAAAGUGGCAAAACUUCCAGCGAAUCGGAACUUGAACCGAUACAGAGAUGUCAGCCCAUACGAUCACAGUCGGGUAAGACUUGAAAACUCCGAAAAUGACUACAUUAAUGCAAGUUUAGUCACGGUGGACGAAGCCCAAAGAGCUUACAUUCUGUCUCAGGGUCCUUUGAGGAACACCUGUGGCCAUUUCUGGCUCAUGAUCUGGGAGCAGUGUUCCAAAGCUGUAAUAAUGCUUAACAGAGUCAUUGAAAAAGGAUCUGAAAAGUGUGCACAGUACUGGCCCACUACAGAAGACCAACAGAUGUCCUUCACAGACACAGGAUUUGUUGUGAGGCUAGUUUCAGAGGAGGACCAGUCCUAUUACACAAUACGAGUGCUGGAGCUGCAGAAUACAAAGACAGGGGAGUCAAGGGAGAUCUACCACUUUCACUACACUACGUGGCCCGACUUUGGUGUCCCAGAAUCCCCCGCCUCCUUCCUCAACUUCCUCCUCAAGGUGCGGGAGUCAGGCUCACUGGGUCCAGAACACGGGCCUUCAGUGGUACACUGUAGUGCUGGCAUAGGACGUUCGGGGACUUUCUCCUUGGUGGACACGUGCCUGGUUCUGAUGGCCAGGAGGUCAGACCCCUCCUCAGUUGAUAUCCAGAGGGUCCUGCUUGACAUGAGGGAAUACCGCAUGGGCCUGAUCCAGACCCCAGACCAGCUCCGUUUCUCCUACAUGGCUGUCAUAGAGGGAGCUAAGCUCAUCCUAAAAGACUACUCAGCACAGAUCAAGCAGAGAGUGAUGUUCAAGGAUAACUUGCAGCAAGAUUUGCCCCCUCCUCCACCUCCACCCAGACCUCACUUGGACAAUAGGCCCAACGGCCAGCCAGGAGCAUGCAUUGAGCCAGAGCCUGCCUCAGGAGAUGCUGGGUCAGCAGAGGAGAGAGCCACCACAUGCACCCAAGACCACAACAUGGCAGAACCCUCAGAGCACCUGCGAAAGAGGCACCGCGAGGAGAGGAUUGCUAGCACAGCACAGCGAGUCCAGCAGAUGAAACAGAGACUGACGGACUCGGAGAGGAAAAGAGAAAGCUGGCUAUACUGGAGGCCCAUUCUGCUCAACGUAGGCGUGGGAGCUGCCUUGGCCGUCGGCCUGUUGGUGUGCUGGAUGUGCUAUACUCCCAGUGAACAAACUCUCGGCCCUCUUUAAAACUGACUCAUAUUUUGCACCUGUACCUAGGAUUAGGUACUUCUUCUCUUAGUGAAUUUAGAUGGUAAGAUGUGCAUAACUGGGGGUAUUUAUUUCUUGUGGUCAAAAUGGCAGAGUGCUAGGUCAAAUGAGUGUGUUUUUAUUUUUCAUGUAAGAUCGUAACAAAGUAACAUCUCAGGAUCUUAGUGCCAGCAAGAUGAUUUAAUUUUUUUGUCACUAUCGAUGAAUGUACUUGUAUGAUAACAAAAUGCUUUGAGGAUAAAAAGAAAAAAACAAAAAACAAAAGGUGCAGUACAAAGAAAAAAAAUUUCAACAAUUUUAUUUUUGCAUUCUUUUAUUUCUUAAGGUCAGGCAUUUAUUAUCUGUCGACAUGUUUUACAUUUUGCAUUUCAAAUGAUGUGUGCUGACUCCACCCAACCAUAUAUUCAUAGGAAGUUGAGACUAGAGGUCAGCUACCAAAUAGUUGUUUCUGUAAUGAUAAUAUUUCUGUGUUUCAUGCAUUUACCAGUUUUCCAGAGCACCUCUUGUUCUUCCAUUUCUGUAAGCAGGACAUGCCAUUAUGGCUGAAUAUAUUUUUGUCUGACUGGACACCUCUGGUCAUUUGUCUAGCUGAUGUUUAAAACUGAUAGUAUGCUAUGCCGUUCAGUUAUUUUCUAUUAUAUGAACACAUUUUCAUAGGUUGUAGUACUCAUAUGGAUCAAACAGGCUGUCAUGUUCCUUGCUACCUAGUGCAUGUGUCUACCCACUGGUUGGGUUAGUUGGUGUAUUUUCAAGUUAUCCUGUUCAUGUUCACAGAAAAAGCAGAGUUGCUUGGGUUCAGUUAGGGAUUCAGUCUGGCAAUACGUUAGUGGUGAGCUAUGACAGAAUCCAUUAGUUAUUCUCAUCCGAUAGACCAUAUUUUCUGUUGGGUUUGUGGUAAAAUGGACACCUGCACUAGAAAGGGGUAAUGUUGAUAAUUUUGCACUUAGCAUGGAGUACAUGUUGUGACUUAAUUUGAGAAAUGAGUUCAGUGUGUGACUCCCAUUAGUUUUACAUUGACUGACUGGAGACAAUACCAAGCAAAGCUAUGCUCUUAGUGCAAUUUACAGUUUUGAUCAGAGCACCUUGCAUACACAUUCAAAGUUAUGAGAUCCUGGUGGCAGCAAAUUCAAUAACAAACACUUGAGCGUGUUUGUAUUGGCUUGCUGAUUCUUAAAACGUUUUUUUUUAAAUGUGCCUUCAAGUGAGUCAAAUGGUUCUACAGAACAGCGAGUGCUGUGAGGUUUCCUGUCAUUACAAAGAAUAGCAAAUUUAGCUCCAUUCAGUAACAAGGGCUGUCAUUGUCCGGACAAGAGAAUAAGAGGCCUGCACUGCAUUGAACAAUAUGCAGUAAGUGGAUAUUUGAUACAAUGAAAUUUGUGUCAGAUUUGACUGCAUACCAAAUAUGUUCUUAACAAGCUCUUACUCCAUGAGAUGAAAUGAUAGAUUGUUUCAAGACACUGGAUAUUUACCCUCAUUGGAUGUUGGUUUUUACACGUUUUUAUUUAAACCAAAAUGUUUGCCGACCAUAACAUUCCGUUCUUUUCCCCCCUACAUUAAGAUUCUGGGGGGGGGGGGUAAUACUCUGCUGAGCUGCAUUAGAACAUGAAAGAUGGUGUUCUAAAAAGCAAAUAAAACAUGACUUCUUGAAUAAAAUAUUUCCCUUUUGUAACAAAGUCCUGUGUCAUUGGGUUUGUUUAUUCCCUUUGUCAAAGCAUCUGUAGCAGGCCGUGUGUGUAACACCCAUCCGUUGAAUUCUAUAUUAUAAUCAUAAUUUCAUUUAUGACUAUGACCUGAACCACUUGGUUGAAUCAAUAAAA